AUGGCCGACUUUGACCCCGAGAAGAAGUAUCAGGAACAAGAAGAGACAUUUUUUGACGAUGGCCGAGAAAUCGAGCUGCUUCAUUUUGUCUACAACAAGUCAGAUGUUGACCAAAUCAGAGGCUCGCCACAACGGGUUUUGGCCGCAAUUGAUGAGUAUGCCCGAACCCAAAAGUACCUCAUGAACGUGGGCGAGGACAAGGGACGCAUCGUGGCAGACCUGAUUGCCGAAGUCAAGCCAAAGGUUAUGCUCGAACUUGGUGGUUAUGUUGGUUAUUCUUGCAUUCUGUUUGGGGAUGCAGUCCGCAAAGCUGGCGGUGCUAGAUAUUUCAGUCUGGAGAGGAAUCCUGAAUUUGCUGCAGUCAUCGCGUCACUCGUGGACCUGGCAGGAUUGAGUGACACCGUCAAGGUGGUUGUUGGAUCCAGUGAUGCCUCGAUAAAGCGCCUUCAUAAGAGCGGCGCUUUGACCCAGGUUGAUCUCAUGUUUCUCGACCACUACAAGCCUGCCUACACAACAGAUUUGAAGCUUUGCGAAGAGCUGAAAUUGAUCACUCCUGGGACUGUCUUGGCCGCUGACAAUGUCAUCAAACCAGGAAAUCCACCAUAUCUUGAAUAUGUCCGCAGCAGCGUCGAUGAGAAGAAGAAAGCAGUCAAGAAAGCCGGCUCGGUGAAUGGCGUUGAUACUCGCUUCGGUGACCACACCGCAAAGCAGUACCUACGUCGCGAGGGAGAAGCGAAACUUGACGAGAAUCGAACAGGUGACCCUUGCCUGGUGUAUGAGAGCCAGCUGAUCAACAGUUAUGAGCCCUCAGGUGUUCCGGAUGGUGUUGAGAUCACUCGAUGUGUGGGCAGAAAGGAAAGCUGA